AUGCCUACUCCUGCUGAAAUUAUCGCUGCUCGUUUGAACAACCAAUUGGAAGAUGUCGAGCAAGAAGAAUCCAUCGCGUCAAUUGUUGAACAACCCAAAUCUAGGAGCACCACGCCAUCAAUCAAUGACGCUUCAGCUUUUCCUGCUUUGGGAUCAAAACCAGGAUCAAAUGUUCAACAUGCGGGUGCUUCUUCAUGGGGACCGAAAAUGAAGGCGCCUACAGCUGCAUCUGCUGUCUCCUCCACUGCCCCCAAAGCUGCCAAAAACGGCAAUGGGUUUGCUGUCAAGACGAAGAUCUCUACAAUCCAAGAGGCUUUUACUUUGGAUGUUGAAGAUCAAUUGAAUGUUGCUCGACCAGAAUUUAUCAAGAUUUUGACCUUUGUUAUGCAAGAGACAAAAACAAACGUUGAGUGCACCACUUCGCAACAUACUAAAAAAAGAACAUUUUUGAUCAGUGGUAAGCCAGAUGAUGUGAAGGUUGCCAAGCGUUUGGUCGUCAAAAAGUUGACUAAGCCAGUGCAAAUUAAGUUUAAUGUUCCUGCAAAAUUGAGAUCUAGAAUCAUCGGUCAAGGUGGAAGGACCUUGAAACCUAUUAUUCAAGCCAAUGAUGUGAAAAUUGAAAUUGGUGAUAAAGAAGAGAGUCAAGAGACAAGUGAUGCUGGCCAAGACGAUAAUGACGACGAUUUGUUUGCAACCACCGUUGUAAUCACCAUUGACGGUGACGUUGAAGGUGCCAAAGCUGCAAAGAAUGAAAUUUUGGCCAUUGUGAAAGAGGAAACAAAGAAUUUGACAGCAAAGGUUUCUUUGAAUGAGAACGUCAAACCAUUUGCCGAGAAAGAGUUGCAAGGUAUUGUUGAAAAUUACAAUCAGUUGGACUUUUCCAUUCCUACUUUUAAAUCAGCAUCCAAUUCUAUUGUUAUUCAUGGUGAACGUGACUUGGUAUUGGAAGCGAAAGCAGAUGUGAAAGCCGCUUUGGAGAAAUUAUCACAAAAAAUUGUUGUUGAAGAAGUGCCAAUUCCUGCAACCAAGCGUCAAUUCUUGCCAAUUGAUGAAGUUUUGCUGAGGUGCAAUGUCUUGAUCCAAUUGCCCAAAAAUGCCGAGACAAAUGUCAAAUUCAUCGGUGAGAGAAAGAAUAUCAAGUCCGCUCAAGAGGAGGCAAGAAAAGUUACUUCACAAUACAGGGUUGAAGUAUUGGAUAUGUCAAAGGCCCACAAGGGGAACUUGAGACACGUUAGUGCCGUUGCUGCAUACUUGAAUAAGGUGGGUGCUUUCAAAACAAUUGCAGAUUCCAAUGAAGUUGUCAUUAACACACCAUCCAUCAAGGAAUUGGACAAUGAAGCGUUAACUUCUAUUCCAAUUCAAAUUGUAUCAAAGGGGAGCGAUGAACAGAUCAAGACAGCGAAGAAAUCUAUCGUUAGUCAAGUUAAUAAAAUCACCCCUGACCAAACCAAGGUGAUUGAUGAUAUCGAAUCCUUUUUGUUGAGCAAAGUUGACGAUGUUAUUGGAGCUGUUGCCAAGAAGGAGAAUGUCGAAUACAUAAUCUUACACAACUCCAUUACCUUGCUCAAAUCCCCAGAAACACAAGACGAAGCGGAGGAUUUUGAUGACUUUGAGGCUAAUGGUGACGGUGAUGAUUCUUUCACAAAAGUCAACGCAGCUUUGGACGAAUUGAGGCAAUUGGCAGCUAAUUUGUCGAGCACAACUUUGGAAGUUGCCUCGAAGGAGCAAGACACUAUUGUUUCUGGUCCAAAGGGUGUUACAUUGAAGUCCAUCUUGUCUGCAGUUGAACCUGAUUCUGUUUCUGUGAACUUACACAGCAACGGAACUUCAUCUUCUGAGAAUGAAAUCUACAUCCAUGGUAUCAAGUCCUCAGUUGCAACUGUUAAAAAGGAGAUUGAGUCAGUGUUGGCUGAUGCAAGGGAGUAUCCUGAUGGGUUCACCGAUGAAGUACGUGUACCUUCCCAAAUUGUGUCCAGAUUGGUUGGUAAGAAUGGAACUUUCUUAAACUCCCUUCGCGAUGAAUUUGGUGUCAAGAUUGAUGUCCCUGAUCAAGAUGCAAAGAAGGACGACUCUGAGAAAUCUGAUAUCACUAUCAAUGGAGUUAAGAAAAAUGUCGAAGCAGCCAAGGCGAAAAUUGCAGCAUUGGCAAAGAAGUGGGCUGAUGAAACUUUGGUUAGAGUCAGAAUCGAAAACCAAUAUCACCGCAGAAUGAUUGGUGCCCAGGGUGUGUUUAUACAUCGUUUGCAAGACAAGUACAAUGUCAAGAUUAGGUUCCCCGCUGCCGAUGCGUCAUCACCAUCACCUUUUGCUGAUGCACCCAAGUCCAAGGAUGAAGUUACGAUCAAGGGCCCUUCCAAGGGGGUUGCAAAAGCUCAAGAGGAAUUGCAAGAGUUGUACCAGUUUGAAAAAGAAAACGGGUUCAAGAAGCAAUUGCAAAUCCCAUCAAAAGCUGUGGCUAGGAUUAUUGGUAAAAAUGGUGAAACCAUCAAGGACAUUGCUGAUGGUACUGGAGUCGAAUACACCUUCAAGCGUGAAAAUGAGGAGUCAAACGGAUUUGUCGAAUUGGAAUUGACGGGCUCCAAGAGUGCUUUGAAAGAAGCAUCUACAAAGAUUCAAGAAAUUGUCGAUGAGGUUGAAAACUUUGUUGUACGUACACUCAAAGUCGAUGCCAAGUACCAUCGUGAUUUGGUGGGUCCUUCUGGAUCUGUUAUGAAACAAAUUAUCACCUCAGCAGGUGGGGAUGACUUACCAAGAGGAAAAUACCAUCGUUUGUUAAGUAUUCCUAAUGAAGGCUCUGGCUCCGACGAAGUUGUAUCUCAAGGUGACAAAGCAAUUGUCGACAAGAUCAUCAGCGCAAUUGAAAAAAUCGUCAAGGAGAAGGAAUCGUCUAUUGUUGAAGAGAUAGAUUUGCCAAAAGAUAAGCACAGAUUGAUUAUUGGACCCAGUGGAUCUGUCCGCCAUUCAUUGCAAUCAGAAUUUGGUGUGACUAUUGAAAUUCCAAGACCAAAUGAUGAAAGUACAAUUGUUAAAGUGAGUGGUUUACCGGACAAAGUGUCAGCUGCAAAAGACAAGAUUGAAGAGUUGACCAAAGAUGAUUGGAAGUUGUCUAUUGACGUUUUGGCAAAGUACCAUCCACUUGUUUCUGAGCAUGGAGCUGCUUUCAAGAAAUUAAAGAGUGAUUUCAAAGUUGAAGUAACUCAUGGCAAUUUCACGAGACAAGCCAGCAAGUUGUCUUUGUCGUCAAUUCCUGCUCCUCCAGAAUCAGCAUACCCUGAAAACGAUGAGGAGUUUAAAUUUACUAUUGAACCGAUUGGCACUGUCGAUGGCGAUGACGAAGUUGUAAUUCCUUGGAGAUUGAAAGGAGAGGAGAAGGAUGUAGAGAAAGCCGCUGAGUUUAUCAACAAAAAGUUGGAAUUGGCGAAAUCAGCAACUUCUCAAGGUUGGUUGUAUGCAUCAAAACCUUCGGUAUUUUCCAAGAUCAUUGGACCCCAAGGUUCUAAAAUAAACCAAUUGCGCAACAAAACCAAUACCUUCAUCACAAUCCCCAGAGCCACUGACAAGUACUCCAAGUUUGUCUAUGUCGUUGGAGAAGAAGACAACUUAAAUAAGGCGCAUGAAGAGAUUAAAAAGUUAUUGUAA